AAGUGAGGGAAAGAUCGCAGCGCUAUGCCUUAGCUCGAGGGCCCUUCUCGCCCCCAGCAGCUGCCUCUAUGGUCGCUUCCGGUUGGUUGCCAGGGAUGCCGGAGUCAACUUCCGGCAGCUGACGAGCAGGGUGGAAAAAGGACGGCCGCGGCGGAGGCGGCGGCGCUGCUCUCAACAUGCCCGGGAAGCAUCUCUACCAGCGCAAGCAGAGUCAAAUUGGACUUCGACCUUCAAAAUCAACUACAAGGAGAAGGGAUGAGGAGGCGGGUGUCGAAGUGGGCGAGGGCGCUGACGAAUGGUCCCAGGCCAAGACCUUAAUCAAGCCCCCAGACCAGCUGGACCUGACAGAUGCAGAACUGAAAGAGGAAAUAACCCGCAUCCUGACAGCCAACAACCCACAUGCUCCACAGAAUAUUGUCAGAUACAGUUUUAAAGAAAGAGCCUACAAGCAAACCUCAGUGGUGGAGCAGAUGGCAGUGCACUUCUCUCUUUGUGGCAACCUGAUCUUCAAAGAUUCGGAUGAGGGUCGCAGACAGGGCAUGAGAGUCAGUUCAUCUGUUGUAGGUCCUGUUUCAUCUGUGGUUGUGGACUUUGACGCCCUGGAUGCAGAACUCAAAGAAGCCGAAGCUGAAGGAGGCGAAGAAGAAGAAGCCGAAGUAGUGAUAGGGGAGAAGCCAGAAUUGCUAGAAAUCCAGAUUGAAAAAGAGGAGGAAGUCCGUCCACGAGGCCAGCAAGAACGGAAGCUCACCAACCAGUUUAAUUUCAGCGAAAGAGCCUCACAGACCUACAACAACCCUGUGCGGGACAGGGCCUGCCAGAUGGAGCCCCCGCCCAGAGCAACUUUCUCGGACACCGCCAAUCAGUGGAACAUCUACGACGCUUAUGUGGAAGAACUGCAAAAGCUGGAGAAGUCAAAGGAGAAAGAAAAACAGAAAGCUCCCACAGCCAAGAAAGAAGACAAACUAAUGGGAAGAAAAUUAACUUCUCUGGAAUCACAGAGCGACGACAUCAACAAAGUGGCCAAGGCGGCAAAGAUCGUGGAGCGGAUGGUCAACCAGAACACUUUCGAUGACAUCGCUCAAGAUUUCAAGUACUUUGAAGAUGCCUCGGACGAAUACAGAGAUAACAUGGGGACGCUGCUGCCGCUCUGGAAGUUUCAGUACGACAAAGCCAAGCGGCUGGCCGUCACUGCCCUCUGCUGGAACCCCAAAUACAAAGACUCGUUCCUCGUUGGACAUGGCUCUUAUGAUUUCAUGAAGCAGAGCCGGGGGAUGCUCCUGCUAUACACCCUCAAGAACCCCUCUUUCCCCGAGUACGCCUUCCCCAGCGAGAGCGGGAUCAUGUGCCUUGACAUCCACGUUGACUACCCCUACCUGAUUGCGGUGGGUUUCUACGAUGGCAACGUGGCCAUCUACAACCUGAAGAAACCUUCUGCCACGCAGCCGGGCUACAAAAGCAGCAGCAUGUCUGGGAAGCACACCGACCCCGUCUGGCAGGUGAAGUGGCAGAAAGAUGACAUGGACAACAAUUUGAAUUUCUUCUCGGUCUCUUCAGAUGGCCGCAUCGUCUCCUGGACCUUGGUUAAGAAUGAACUGGUCCACACAGACAUCAUCAAGCUGCUGGUUGAAGGAGCGACAGUGGAGGGGCCGGAGGGGCUGCAGCUUCAAACCAUGGGCUGUGGGACUUCCUUUGAUUUCCACAAGAAGAUUGAUUAUCUGUUCCUCGUGGGUACUGAGGAAGGCAAAAUCUACAAGUGCUCAAAGACCUACUCAAGUCAGUUCCUGGACAUCUUCCAUGCUCACCACAUGGCCGUGGAUGCUGUGAGCUGGAACCCCUUCCAUGGUAAGGUCUUCAUUUCCUGCAGCUCAGACUGGACCGUGAAGAUCUGGGACCACACCAUCAAGACACCCAUGUUUAUCUACGACCUGAAUUCUGCAGUUGGCGACGUGGCCUGGGCACCUUAUUCCUCCACCGUCUUUGCGGCUGUAACCACCGACGGGAAGACCUACAUCUUUGACUUAAGUGUCAACAAAUACGAAGCUAUUUGUCACCAGCCAGUGGUAGCCAAGAAGCGAAACAAAAUCACCCAUGUCCAGUUCAACGCCAUCUACCCCAUCAUCAUCGUCGGGGAUGACCGUGGGCACGUCACCUGCCUGAAACUCUCUCCCAACCUCCGUAAGAUGCCGAAGGAGAAAAAGGGUCAAGAGGUCCAGAAAGGGCCCGAAGUGGAAAUCACAAAACUGGACAAACUCUUGAAUUUGGUGAGAGAACCGGCAGCCAAAACCAGCAAGUGAGCCACGUCCAACCUGCCCUUCUCCCCACGGAAGGGAAGCACCCCCCGAGUCCGGACGCGAGAACGCUUUGUCCAGGGGGUGGUGUGUGCGGCUGCGUGAAAGUGGCCUUUAUUUCCAACACAAAAAGGUGGUGGGUUUUUUUUUUGUUGUUGUUGUUCAAAUGCAGAAAAAUAAAAGUGGAGAUUUGACACCA